AUAAAUGCUUUGAUAUUUGAUUUGGAUGAGACUUGAUUUAUUGUUCUCAAAAAUUAGAAUAAAAUGAUGAGUGAUCCAGAUCCUGACACACUACUGGAAUGGCUAAAUAGUGGGAAUGGUGAAGAACGUGAUAUGCAGUUGAUUGCAUUGGAACAAUUAUGUAUGAUGCUCUUAAUGUCUGAUAACAUUGACCAGUGUUUUGAAUUAUGUCCUCCAAGGAAUUUUAUUCCACCUUUAUGUAAUAUAUUUUUGGAUGAAACUUCACCUGACAAUAUUCUGGAGGUAGCAGCAAGAGCUUUGACAUAUUUUUUAGAUGUUUCUGCUGAAUGUACUAGGAGAAUAGUAUCUACAGAGGGAUUUAUUAAAGCCAUAUGUUUAAAAUUAAUUAGUAUUGAAAAAAAUAAUAAAACCAGCAUUGAUUUAUCUGAACAAUGUGUUAAAGUAUUAGAGCUUCUAUGCACCAGAGAAUCAGCUAGUGUAUAUAAAUUAGGUGGCCUUCACUCAAUUACUCUUUUUAUCAAAGAUAUGGGGGAUAUUAUCCAUAAAGAUACACUGAAUUCUGCUAUGAUAGUUUUGUCAAAGUUAUAUGGAAAAUUAGAAUUCAAAGACCCAUUACUCUCUUCUUAUAUUACUUCUCUUUCAAAUCUCAUGACAUAUCCUGAUAUUGAAGUUCAAGAAAAAGCUCUUAAAUGUUUAGUCUCAAUAUCUGAUCGUUUUACCAAACAAGGAUCUGAUUUAAAAAGCAUAAUACAUAAAUCUAUUAUUAAGGAAUUAAUUUUACAGCUGAAUAGGCGCUUAAUUAUAGUCUUAAAAGAUCAACAUUCAAAUAAUCCACAAUCAUUUACAUUCUCUAAUCAAGAUAGUGAUGGUGUUGAAGAAUUUUUAUUAUACACACAUGGUCAACAUUUGAAUGAUAAUGAAAAUGUUACACAGAAUAAUAUAGAUUUAGAAUUUGAAAAUAACCAUGACGAGAAUCACGAAUCUUCUUUCAAUCAAAAUAACAAUGUCAACAAUAAUAAUUCUGUGAAAAAUAAUGUUUUAGUUAUAACAACCUUAUUAAACUUAAUUGCAAAUCUUUGUGUAUCUUCUCAUGACAUAACCCAAGAUUUCUUAGACCUAAAUCUUCUAUUAUUAAUAAGAAAAUCUUUUAAACUAGAUGAAAAGAUAGCUUUUGAGGCUUUACGUAUUGUACACAUUUUUAUCACCAUUGUUUUUGAAGGAAGAAAAGCUGUCCAAAAAUUUUUGAAUGCUGUAACUAAUAGUUAUGCCUCUAAUUUGGGACUUAACAAUAAAACAAAUACAACUUUGAAUUUAUUAGCUUUGAAGAAAAGUUGUUCAUCCCUUUUAAAACCAUCACAUCAUCAAAUCAUCGAAUACAUAUACAAUAACAGAGACAACGAAUAUUUGUUUGAAUUAUUGGGAAGAGGCAAAAUGGACAAUACUAUGUUUGACGAAUUACACCAAAAUGUUUUGACUUAUGCAUCUGCUUUAAAGAAAUCUGUAUUAUUGGAAAGUCCCACCAAAUUAAAUAUUGAGCCAGAAAAGGAGGCAUCAACUAGUCAGACUCCUCCUGAAUCCACUAUCAUCAACAUCGAAAAAAAUGCGGGCGAAUAUGACGAGAAUUCGUUUAAUGUCGCCAACAUCGAAAAUCCGUCAUCUAAGCUUGUAAAUGCCAUUUCAAAGAAUCCGUUUAUGCAGGCUUCUAAAAAUUCCAUCGUUAUUGAAGAGGAGAAGGCAAAAGAGGAAGAAAAUAUAGAAAUGGCACAGAGAUACCUUCAUAAUUUUUUGGUCAUAUUAAUGGACUCAUACGUUGAUUUGAAUUCCUUUAUUUUAAGGAAAGCUCUUUUAGCAUUGGUAUUUAAAUUGGUUUACUUGACCAACAAAUCAAAGGCUUUGCGAGUUCAAGACAUUUUUGACAAAAUACACCGCGAUUUCCCGAACUUUGUAUACCGUAUGUGUGGCGUUAUAAACUCGAUCCUUACUAAUGAAGAGGAAAAUGAUUGCAGGGAAUCGAUAUUGGACAUUAUCGAAAAUUUGAUGGUAAACUGUAAAGCGUUUUUCGCGCUUAAAUUUUUUCGAAUGGGUAUCAUAGAAAAGAUUCGUUCUUUGGCCACGGAAUUGUCCGAGGAUUAUUCGGAUGAACAAGAGGGGUUCCCUCGUUCUACCAAAUUAGCGGAAAAGUGUAAAAGUAUAUGUGAAAAUUACUUUACCAAUCUGGACGAAUUGGAUCGCAACAAAAUAAAUAAGCUUGGCGCCAUCUCUUCCCUCAUUGAAUCGGCUUACCUACAACAAAUCAAAAUAACUUUAUCGGAGGAUGAAAUGGAUUGGAAGCACAAUAUGGGAAGCGCGUUUAAACGUUUGCAAAAAAUGCUGACUCAAAAAGCGGAUCUAGAAACGGAUAUUACCCCCUACGAAUUGUUAUCAAGUGGGUUGCUCGAAAAUCUAUUGAAAGCUUUAACGCCCGAGUGGGAUAUUCGCAUUGACAAAUUUGUGGCUUGGCAAGCCUACGAACGAAUUCAAAUAUUCUUAAAGAUAUUCGUUACGCCACUUUUGAAUUACGACAAUAUACUCAAUUCACCCCUGGCUAUACUGAUCAAGAAAUUAGUUGGUGUCCUGGAAUUUUUGGAAAACUUUCCCGUUUAUCUUCACAAUUAUCACACCAAUGGUGAUAACGCUAGUUCACUGUCACACAAUAAUAUGCAUAUGUUAGUCAAAAAAUUGCGAUUUACUUUGGAGAAGCAUCCUGAAGAGAACGUCUUGUUAGACAAAACCGGAAAAAUUUUACGCAUAGAGCCUCUAGUUCAAAUCAAUAGCUUGAGACAUUUUGUUAAUCAAAAAGUUUCUAAACAAUGGUUUGAUUACCCACGGUCGACCUUUGAGUUUGUUAAAACUAUCAAAAACAAAACGUCGGAAUCUAUCAAUUUUGUGCAUUCAUCCGAUUUUGACGAAAAGGGAUUGUUUUAUUGGAUGGGCACCAACGCCAAGACCUGCAAAGAGUGGGUUAAUCCAGCCACUCAUAAUCUCAUUGGCAUAAGAUGUGGACCAUCGAAUCAUAACGCGGUCGGCAGCAAUAUUCCUUACAUAAAUCAAUUUAAAAUUGAGGAUAUAUUUAACAGAGAAAAUCCCUCUCACAAGAUUUUUGAUGACAAAAAAUCAUGGUUAGAAAUCGAUUUGGGACUUUGGUUCUUACCAACAACUAUAACAUUGAGGAACGGAAAACCGUCUUUAAAAUCAUCUCUUCACCAAAAUAUAAGUCAAAAUUUUUACGUCUCCAAAGAUGCGCUAGAAUGGGUCUUGAUGACUUUCACUACCGAUGAGAAAAUACCUCUCGAUUCUGGACUCACCUACACAUGUUGGUUCGUAAAGGAUUUUAAUACCAGUUUUGAAGAUGGUAGAGAUGGCUGGAGGUAUUUUAAGAUAUCAUCGGUAUCCAAUGCAUCCGAAUCUAAUAACAAUGCUUUAAUGAAUAAUAAUCCAGGUCCUUCUACAUCAAGCCCAACACAAUACUAUCUGAAUAUAACGGGGCUCGAACUGUAUGGGUCCAUAGUAGGCGUUUGCGACAAAAUAACCCUCUUUUUCGAAUCUGGUCACGUUUUUCAAGCUAUAAAUAAGCUGAAACGAAAACUAAAUAAACCUAAACCCUAUAAAUCGCACAUCCUUACGAAUAACACCAACAACUUGUCUUCAAUUUCUCCAACGCUCAUCUCUCCCAAUCUUAAUUUAGGGAGUAAAGUUGUUAGGGGACCGGAUUGGAAGUGGCAAAAUCAAGACGGUGACCCACCAGGGACUGGAACCGUUUUAGGACCUGUCAAAAAUGGUUGGGUAAACGUAAUAUGGGACAUAACGGGCAUUAAUAAUUCCUAUCGUAUGGGUGCCGAGGGUCAAAGACGUGACUUGAAACUUCUAUCCUCUUCUCCACCUGCUGCUUCCUCCUCCUCUUCUUUAACUAAUAAAAACGUUUUCAGCUUUGAAAGACCUACCAAUAACGUACCCUUAUCACCUUACAACCGAAACAAUGCUAGCAAUAAAUACUUUUCCGAUUUUUACUCCUCCAAUAACAACAAUGUUACCUACACGACCCGUAAUAACUAUUCUAAUCUACCUGCCAGCCCUCCUUAUCCCCUUAAACCCCUCAAAAAACUUGCUGAAGAAGAAACGACGAAUACCAGUGAUCUACCUAAAAAUACGCCUCUUUCUUUAAAAGGUGCCGAUGAGAAAAAUCUGGAAACCAACUUAUUGCUAGUAAAUAAACCAGUGUCACCUAUGAUAAAUCGUAAAUGUAGUUCUACAUCAAAUUUGCUGGAUUCCCCAGGACAAUGUACCGCUUGGCGGCAAGACUCUGGUAACAAUUGGCCAAGUGAGACAGUUUUCGAAUCCCACGAAUUCGUCGCUUCUACCACUUCAAACGAGUUCCUAAACACCACGGCUUCCACGGAGGGCAUCUCAAGUAGCUCCUCUUUCCAGCAGCUGCCUACCUUGGCCUCUUCCUUCCAUACUAACCUUAAUUCAAAAACCCUGAACGCUUCCUUUAACAAUUCAAGUAUCAACGACCACGGUAAGAAUAAUGUCAAUAAUUUUAUAAUAUCCUCGCCUAACAACCGCCUGAAUCAAUCCCUAGACAUAAUUGCAUCAUCCAGGGAUAGCAAUAUUUACGAUAACGAAGAGUUUUUACAAGAAGAGAACGAGGAGACAGGUGCCUAUGUUUCUGCCCCUGGAACUAGAAGAAAAUCACUAGAUAAGUUGGCCAUGGCCGCUCUGAGAGAACAGAGAAGGAAGGAUAGGGGAGUUUACCUUCAGCGAAACAUUCCCAAUUCCAAACAACGCCAUUUUUACUUCCAUGAUUGGCCUAAUAUGACAUCCUUGAGUACGGCUCAAAGUUUUCCUAAUCUGAUUAUAGGGAGUAAUAAUUGCAAUACUGGUUUAAAUUCUAUUCUCAAUGCCAACACUUCAAAUAUGAAUGAAUCGGCAGAAAAAUUUUUGGAAAAUCCCACCGUGUCCAAAAAGAUAUUGGAUAAUAUGUGUGUUUCUACUACACACCAUAAUCAACAGCAACUCUCCAAAUCUAAGCGUGAAAAGCUUCUUUUCCUGACAAACACAUUACUAGGCCGAGGUCAAUUGCCUCAAAACACGGUUAGCAUGGUAUCCAUGCCUCCCCUCUCUCUACUGCUUCAAGCAGUUAACAGCGCCGAAGGUGAAGGGAUGAAUAGUGAUAUCAAUGCUAACAGGAUGACUGGAAUAGACCGUACAAAUAGGGGGAAAGCUUUCAUAAAGCCUCGUGGCCCGGCAAUGGCUUCCAGAGACAGUUUAGCCUCCAUUCCGUCUUCCACUUCCUUAGCUAGUUUUAGUGAUAGUGCUCAGAGCGUGUUCGACGCCAACAAAGAACCUUUCGUCACUUCUUUGUUAGAUGGAAGUAGCCAGGUGGAUAAUUAUAACAGUAUCAAUAGCGCUACCGAGGCAUCUUCUUUAGUUUGGUAUCUAUCCUCUGUUGAAAAUUUAGGCGAAGACGUAUUGGAUGAUAGGGAAGAGAUCAAUGAAACGACUCCCAAAAACGAUAAUAGCAAAGGCACCGAUGACUUUUCAAAGGGGGAAUUGAAAGCGGAUUCCUUUUUUUCAAGUUCUACCUGCGCUCGAUAUAAGAAAAAUUCUACCAGCGAAAAUAAUUAUCAAAAAUCUUACCCCACCACCACCAGUAUAUUGACGGACUCGAAAUACUCCAAAGUUCCCCCUUUAAACAGCAAUAACGAAUCCGAGUACAUUUUAACGCGCAAAUAUUCCGCCAUUAUACCCGCUUUCGAUCCACGACCCGGCCGAAAUAACUUACCACAAACGGUCGACGUCGAUUUAUCCUCUCUAAAUCGCGAAGAUUUGUUAUGCGUCCAAAAGCCUGCCAAAAUUAAUUUACAUCUUACGCUCAAAGCUUUCCAUGGCAAAAUCUAUGUUGGUGAAAUGGAUUUGAGUUCUGAAAAUAUCGACGAAAAUGAUACAAUAUUCUCCGUUACACAAAAAUUUGUCUUGCGACACUUAAAGUGCUGUUCUAUAGUCGAAAAAUUAAAGAAGAUAUGGGAACCUAUGAUGUUCACCUUGGUCUAUAAAAUUGUUGAUUCGGACCUUCAAAAUACAUCAUCCCCUUCCUGCAUUACAAAUAUAAACUCCAACAAAGAUGAAUUUUUAUCACCAGACGCAUUUCAUACAACCUUAAAGUUAUUAAAAAUGAUAUAUUACAUAAUUGGGGAACGCAACAAAUACCCCAUUCAACCUCUUGAAGGUUUCACGUUUAAUGACGAAGACCGUGAUACUUCCCUGCUACACAAUCUCUUUUGUUCCAAGAAACUCACCAACAAACUUAUCCAACAAAUUCACAGUCCAUUAGCCCUAGCUACCAACUCCUUGCCAAAUUGGUGUCAGCAUCUUUACACUAAUUACAGAAUGAUUUUCCCCUUUAACAUCCGAUCGUUAUUCUUUUACGCCUCAAAAUUGGGAAUAACCAGAUCAAUCGUAUGGCUCCAACAGCGUUUCGAGGCUAACCUAAAUCCUGCCCUGGACCGGAACAGGCAAAUAGCUGUUAGAGGCCGACUAAAACACGACAGAAUCAAGAUACCUAGAUCGGAUUCUAAUCAAUUUAUCGAGUGGGCUUUUAGCGUUAUGCGAUAUCACGCAUCGAGAAAAAGUGUAUUGGAGAUCGAAUAUGUUGGAGAAGAAGGGACCGGCCUUGGCCCGUCCCUCGAAUUUUAUGCCCUCAUAGCUACCGAACUUCGUCAUCAUCGCCACGCAUUAUGGCUAUUUACGGAUGAAUCCGAUACCUGGCCCACUGGCUUAUUUCCGGCUCCUUACCCUCCCUCAUUAUUUCGAUUUAAAGCUGCGAAUAAUCGUGAUAUAAAAGAUAUAGAUAUAAAUGACGGCAAUAAAAUACAGAGCGUUUUGAGUUCUUUUGCCUUUUUAGGUGGUCUUAUGGCUAAGGCUUUGCAAGAUGGUAGGUACUUGGAUUUACCUCUUUCCCCGGCUUUCUUCAAGCUUUUGGCGGGAGUUGAUAACUCCCUGACCCAAAACAAAGUAAGGCAAAAUGGUUUAAAUGAAGCUUUGACCUACAUACGUUUGGUAUCACGUGAUAUGCAAUUAAUCAACAGUUCUCCUCAAUCGCAGCAGAUUCUCGACACCUCUAUUCCCGAUUCUAUUUACGAUGAAUAUUAUGCUAUGUCUCCUCCUUAUCCUUCAUCCUCGGCUGACGAAGGUACGGAAGAAGAUGGGAUAAUCGCCGAAGAAUUCGGCGGGUCUGAAGAACUUAUAAAUUUUGCAAAAGAUAAAAGCGCUUAUAAUAGAAUUCACAGGCGCAACCUGAAUAGAGGAGAGAUUAGCUAUAUAAAUGAAACAAAAAAUAAUUUUUUUAAUUUCGCCUACAUGUACUCGUCCCCUCCCGUCCAAGACUAUCAACUCGAUAAAAGUAGAGAUAUUUCAGCUCUAGAUUUAAAUUAUGCUUACGGUAACAAUAAUAAUGGAGCCAAUGGUAAAAAUUGUAAAAAAUUAAAGAAAAUCGGUACCAUCAUUGCCAGUCCACCUCGAACGGAAGAAAUUUCUGAUCAAACGGAUGGCUGGAUCAAGGGUAUACUUGACCCGACAGAUUUAUAUGACAUUGACCCCAUCAGGGCUCGCAUGCUUGACCAUUUAAGACGACUAUCACUACUUAAGCAUAGCAUACUUUGUGAUAAAUUUAGGACAGAAGAUGAGAAAUUAGAAGAUAUAAGUAUGUUGCAACUGGAGAUUCCAUCCAAUGACGGUUUUCACUCAUCCACCUUUGUGCAAUUAUCGGAUUUAUGCCUGACAUUUCAGUAUAAUCCCCCUGCAAAUAUAUAUCAAUUCUUACAUCAUGAUUUGGUUUCGGAUGGAGAAAACCAGAUUGUAACAAUCUAUAAUAUGGAGGAAUAUAUCGAAUUAAUGACUGAUUUUUAUCUGGAAACUGGUAUAAAUCAACAAAUGGCCGCAUUUAAAAUUGGGUUCGAUAAAGUGUUACCAAUGCAGUCCUUAUCCGGAUUCGAUCCCGAAGAACUGCGACUAAUGAUAUGCGGUGAGCAAAUUCCAGACUGGACAAUUGACGAUAUCAUUAAAUUCACCCAACCCAAACUCGGUUAUACGCGUGAUAGCCCCGGUUUUUUGCGCUUCGUCAACGUUUUGAACGAGUUUGGGCGAGAUGAGCGGAAAGCCUUUUUGAGAUUUACCACAGGCUGUAGUUCUUUACCUCCCGGCGGUCUUUCUAGCCUUAAACCGCCUCUUACGAUUGUUAAAAAAAUUGAUGGAACCGAUAGCUCAUAUCCCUCUGUCAAUACUUGCGUUCACUACCUUAAACUUCCAGAAUAUUCUCACGAAUCCAUCCUCAAAACUAGGCUCCUAACUGCCCUGAAACAGACUGGCUUUUACUUAAACUAAUUAAAUCCCCCACCCUCCCCCCUCCCGAUUUAUAAAAUUAUAAUUAAUUUAUAGUAGUAAUAAAUCCUAUUUGAAAAAAAAAUAGUAAUCAUCUGCCUUACAUUGAUAUUUUAAUUUGGCACAUUUUAUAAAUAAUGGUAUUUAUACACUGUAUCUUAAUACUCUUAUCUAUAUUUCAUAUAACUUUUCUUUUUAUUUUAAAUAUCUUAUGUAUAGAUAAUUAUUUAGCAAAAAAAAUAUGAACCUAAUUUAUUAUUUUCCUUGU